AUGCCAUCUCAGGAAUUCACUGACAAAGCCAACGCCGUCCAAAACUUAUCUAAGCGUCCUAAUGACGACGAAUUAUUGAAGUUGUACGGUUUGUACAAGCAAGCCACCGUUGGCGACAACACCACUGACAAGCCAGGUAUCUUUGACCUCAAGGGCAAGUACAAGUGGCAAGCUUGGAAGGACUUGGAAGGUACCUCUCAAGAAGAAGCCGAGCAGAGCUACAUUGAAUUGGCUACUUCUUUGAUUGAAAAGUACGACAGUUAG